GGUUCAGGAGGUUCUUUCGUAUAUCAGAAAAAAAUUAUUUACACGCCAUAAACUCCAAUCUAGCUUAUCAUGUAUAAACAAAUAUUUGAAGAAGUUGAAAUUGACGUGUUAAUAGACGAUUUGAAUUCAGUUUUAACAAAAAGCUGGUCUAAUAUGAAUAUGCUUCUAAUGUUCAGUGCAAAAUAUCAUUUUAACAAAGUCGAUACAACUGUGAAUAAAGCUAUAACUGCUUUAUUAGGAUUUUGGAAUGAAAAAAUAAGCACCUUUAAUACCACUAGUAGCUUGAAAAAAAGGGCAAAGACUUUGAACAGUACUGUUAAUCUUGUUUUGGACUCAAGGCCUGCGUUAUCAAUUAUUAACUCUAAUAUCAAAAAGCAAUUGAAUAAAGCAUUAAAAGAUAAUUUAACAAAAGGAGCAUAUGAUGAGCUGCUUGAAGUUUAUCCAAAUGAUAACAAUAGCGAUGAUGGCUCAAUAAUUGAUAACACCAACAAUGAAAAACAGCCUGUACAAAAAAAGAGAAAGUACUUGAAACAUAAAGAUCUGCAUAAUCAAAGUUGGGGAAACAAAGUUCAAAUUAUUACUGAAUAUUAUGGUGACAACGAUGUCUUGGAUCUGACUAAAACUUCAGUAAUACCAAAGCGAUUCAAGAGUAUAGUAGAAAAUAUUUGUAAACACUUUAACCUCAAAAUGGAUUUGCUAUUAAAAGAUGAGGAAUACGAUAUUUUAAAAAAAAUCAGUACUUGUAAUAACAAAGAAGAAUUAUAUAAAUCAGUUCAGACUAUCAGCCCAUUUUGUAAUGGUUCUGAACUCUCGUACAUAAAGAUGGCAGUACAGAAACUUUGUCACCUCUGGCAUCGUAACAUUCUAAAUGGUUCCCAUCAUGAAGAUUGGUAUCGUGUCAAUGUUUAUGGGGACCUAUUCGACCUUAUUUUUAUUGGCCAAUCUGGAUAUGAAACAAAGAGGGCGGAGUGCCAUUCACUCAUUAUAAAAUCGCUAAAAAAAAUGGGAGUUCUAAAUAAUGAUACAAAAAACGUUAGAAUGGAUUUUAUAUUUUCACACACUGACGGUCUUAGCGAUGCGUUUUACUGUGAAGACAAGCCAAAUAAUAAUGAUCUUAAGGAUCAAAAGAAAACCAAAAAUGUAAGGGAGCAGUCAUUAAAAUAUUGGACAUCUUUGUUACCGUAUCCAGAAUGUAUAUCAUACAUUACUGCAAUCAGCUGUCAGUUCCGGAAACUAACUAUGCAUGUAACAGGCAGUAAGCUUAUUGGUGGUAUAUUAAUACAUUCUUUUUUUAAAGAAGUUAACAUACCAAGUGUUGAUAAAAAAGGAGCUAGUAUUGCUGAGUACUUGGCCACAGUCCUAUCAUAAGUAAGAAUGGUGAUCAGAAACUUUGAAAUAAUAAAUAUAAUCACCAGCAUUAAAAAAGAAGAUGAUCUUGCCUUUCUAUCCCCUCUCUCAACACAAAAUCCCUGCUUUCGUGAGGACUCUUUUGACUCUUCUAGCUCUUAUGAUUCUUCUAACUCUUCAUCAUCAUCUGCUUCUUGUUGGGAAUCCAAAGAAAAAAAGCUACGCAUAUUAAAAAAAGUUGAAGAUGCUGUUUCUGACUUCAUCAACAAAGAUGAUUAUGCCUCUUUCUGCUGGGAAGAUAUUGUUUUUUAAUUAAAAAUAAAAUAUAUAUCGAUUUAUGGGAUUUGUUUUUGUGUUUGUAAUUACCAAAAGCAAU